AUGCAUGGCAAGCUUGAUAAUACUGACAAAGUGCAGUCUGAGAUCUCCGAUACUGGGGAAUCAGGUCCACCUCUCCAAAAAAAGUGCAAAAUGAUCACCAAGAAAGAGAAGCCCAAGUGGCAGUAUAAGUGCCCUUACUGCCCUAAAAGUUUCUUGAAUGAACGUGGCCUUCGUGCACACAAAUGGCAGAAACACCUCAAGGUUGAAGAACAACCCACUGCAUCUCGUGAGGAGCGUGUUUUUACUUGCUCUCCAUGUAAGUUGCUUUUCGCUUCUGAGGAGGCUCUUCAUAACCACAAAAGCACUUGCAAUGCAAAUAAGAAAAAGCUGAAACCAUCUACAGAAGAGGAACCUAUUCAAAACAUAACGACCAAAUAUUUUUAUAAAUGUCACAAAUGUGCUAAAGAUUUUCACAGCGAGGAGCAGUUAAAUGCACAUAAGGAGCUGGCAAAAAGUCGACCACACACUUGUGCUCUUUGCUGCCGUGGUUACUGGACUGAAAGCCAGCUGCAGCAGCAUCUCGCAUGGCACGAUGAAGUACGCCGUCGCCUCCCAACCGAACUGAGAUACAGACUCGGUACUUCAGGGUCCAAACUGAAGGCUUUACCUCAUAAAUCCACAUCCAAGGUCAAUUACUCAGUGCUUUCUAAUCCAGAGCACAACUUUCAAUGUCAGGAUUGUGAGAAAAGCUUCUUGUCACCUGAAGCUUUACAGCAGCACCAGGCUGUUCACAAAUCUGAGGAACCGUUUCAAUGUUCUCUGUGUCCACAGAUAUUUCAUGAUAUCCGAGAUCUCAUUGACCACCAUCAGGAGUGUUUGGGUGAUAAGGAGAGAAAGGACAGUAAGUUGAUUCCUCCAGAAGGAGAUGCUGGGAACCUGACGUGCAUUGAGUGUGGGCAUUCCUUUAACAAGGAGGAAGAGCUGCAUCAGCAUUAUAUUGCACAUGCACGUGGAGAGUUCUGAAAAUAUAUGUAUAAAGUAAUGUAUAAAUAUGGAAUGGUGAUACUUUUUCUCCAUCACAGAUUGAACAUAUUCACUGGUUUAUUUUAACACUAUAACCACUGUAUUGUUAUAUAAUGUUGAUUGUUGAGUACAGUAAAACUGUUUGGAAAACAGGAAAAAGGAAGAUGCUUUUAGUUUUAACUGUUUUGCAUAAAUAGAGGUAGGGAGAUGGAAACAUGGCUGCUGAAAUCAGAGCAUUACUAUAAGUAUGUAAAAUUAUGUUGUUACUUUGAAUCUUAUUAGAUCUCUGUUAUGUAACCGAUGGCCAUGCUGUUCUCAAGGUAACUCUUCUUAAUAUGUAUUUAGACAUUUUCCUCACGUUUUCCUGCAGUUUAAUGUCUAUAUUAUUGCUUUGUUGUCACCCUGAAAGAGUUUUCAAUAUUUGAAACUGACAAGGUGUUUGUUAAAUAUGGCUAGUAAAUGUUGUUGGAGUUGUUAAAAUGUUUUUUCUAAGCAUCCAUUAAAUCUGAAUAUUAUGCUUGAAUCUUUUCAUCUAUGAUUUUGAUUUGUGAUUGUAUAUUUUGUGUCAUACACAAUCUGACAAAUUGUGGCAUUGUACCCUUAAUGUUAUUUAUGGUACAAUGUUAAGCCUGAUGUCACGCAACACCAUAUAUGGAAGGUCAAAUACUGUUUCUGGGUCCACUUAACAACCAAACAGUCUGACCUUGAAUAUUUUAAUAACAUUUUCAAAAAUGGGACAGUCCACCCAAAAAUGAAAAUUCUGUCAUAAUUUACUCAACCUCAUAUUGUUCUUAAGGUGUAUACAUUCCUUUUCCUUGCUUAAGACAAAGGAAGAUAUUUAUAAGAAUGUCAGUAACCAAACAGAUCUCAUCCCCCAUUUCCUGCCAUAGUAAGGAUAAUAAAUGUAAUGGGGGGUGUGAUUUGUUUGAUUAUUGACAUUCUUAAAAAAAUCUUCCUUCGUGUUUAGCAGAACAAAUUUAUACAGGUUUGCACUUUGGAACAACCUGAAGGUGAAUAAAUAAUGACAGAAUUUUUGUGUGAAGUCUUCCUUAAGUCUUUCCACACUUGUAGGACAUGCACAGUAUUUCUGUUGAAAAUUUACCGACGAUACUGGGACAAGUUAAUUUUCUUAUCAAUAUGCAUUGCAACAUACUGGUUGGAUAUUGAUAUUAAGAAUGUCUAAGCUGCAACUGCUGCCAAAGGCAGUGCUUUGUUCCAGUGCAUUAAAACCCAUUUUCAUUUGUAUUCAUAGCAUGUUGAAGCAUAAAUAAGAAUAGUGACCAUUUGAAGAACUAAAGCAAUAUAAAAGACUGACUUGUAAAGAAUGUGAUAUCUUGAUAUUUGUUUGUUUAGGUGUGUAGUGACUUUUGCCUAGAAAACAUUCCAAAUUAGUGAGAAUCUUUUAGACAUUAAACAUUGUUUUGCUUGAAGAGGAAUUAAAAGUAAAUGCCACACAAAGAGUGGACUUCUAAAGCCACAAAAAUAGUACCAUCAAGAUAUCAAUCCUCAAGAUUUGACUAUGACCAACAGUAUAUUAAACCUGGUCUCAAGGAGUUGCGUACAAAAGAUUGUACAUAUUUCCCUGCUGACAUACUUUAUGUACUGAAUGUCUUAAUGACUACUAAUGUUUUAUUUUGCUCUUAUGGUACUUUAUCUGACCUGCUUUUGCGAGUUCACAUGUAUAUCUAUUAUCAAAACAGUGAAUGUAAAUUCUUCAUAAUUGUUCAAUUAAAAUGGUCAUAAUUUCAGUAAAACUGUGUUUCUUCAUUGCCUUUAUCGAUAGGAAUUGCAUGUUUAUUUUUUCAUCGAUAGGACAAGAGCUGUGGCCUCUUUUAACCAGUAUGCAUAUUAAAUCUUGGAUCAACAAAUUCUUGCUCAAGUACAGUACAGAUCUGUUCCAUUUAGUUAAGCUGAACAACAAAAUUAUUUACAUAUUUAUUUACCCCCUAUAGCAAUCGUUUUGUUGUGUUGCGUUUGUAAUAGCAUUUUUAUGUAGUACUUGUAGUUAUUUGGCAGCAUGUGAGGUGAACACUAUUGGUCAAUAGUGCAUGACUAAAGCCUAUUAAAGGCAUCCACAUUUUUGAAAUUAGUUUUUUGGAGAUCAAUGUAAUCAUGUUAACACAGUUAUUUCAUUUAUUACCAAGUAAAAAUUCUUUCUAUUGAAUUUCUUUUUGAAAUUGAUGAUUUGAAAGAAAAACAAUAUGAGACCACCAAAGAUGUAUCAGUAUUUUAGUAGUCACAAUGUAAUUCCAGUCAUGUCAGAGCCAUGAGUUUCUGUCGACAUGGGUUUCCUUCUCCUGUUUCCUCCACAGUCCAUGCAAUUUUGAUGAACUCCCCAAAAUAGUUAUAAAUUUGUGGUGUUAUAAUUAUUUUGAU